GACCAUUACUGUAUCAGAGCUUGAGCUAGCGCUCAAGGAAUUCAUACUAAUCUAUCAACACCGCACUAUUCUAAGCGAUGCUAUGAUGAUCAAAAAGGCAAAAUUGUUAGCGGAUGAACUAGGAGUCCCUGAAGGCAAAGAAGCAGGUUCUGUUAAUGAGGAUGUUAUUACUGAAUCCUUACCUUUAUUGCAAAGGCGCAAAAAAAAUAAGGAACGUAUUUCUGUAGCAUUAUGUGCGAAUGCUGAUGGAUCCCAUAAGAGCAAUACUAAGGCUUGGAUGUUUGUAAUUCUUUUUCAAGAGUGGCUUCAGGAUUUUGACCACCAAAUGUUGCAGAAGCAUAGGGGCCAGCAUGUUCUUUUACUUCUUGACAAUUGUUCUAGUCAUAAAUUAGACGGGUUAACUCUCUG